AAGAAAGCAUCAUACUGAUUAGGGCUGGGCCAUAUUAUACCGUUCACGGUAAUACCAGUAUAAUAUUAGGCAACGAUAGGAAAAUGAAAUAUCGCGAUAGAAUAUGAGUAAAACGCGCAUGCGCAGUGCCUUUGUUUUCAUACGCACAUGGCCGAUUGUUGAGUGAAACAGAUGAACCAGAAUUGGUUUGUAAAAAUGGUGCAACUUCAGUGAUGUGGAACUGGUUUGGUGUUUGUCCGUCAGAUACACGACAAAGCACAUUUUUUUUGCAGAACAUGCAAGCGGGCCGUCGUUAUUGCCGUGUUUGUCGGACUAAGAUGCUCUUAAAUCUGGGAGUAAUCUGGGUCCUAAACUCCAGGUCAAACGAACACUGUAGCAUCACUGAGAGUUAAAAACUGUCUAAAUUCUUUCAUCUUUAAUAAAACGAUCAGCAUUACUGCUUUACCAGGUGUAACUAUGAAGUUUAACUUCCAGGCAUCCAUGAAAACAGAAUUUAUUACACUUAACGGAGUUAGAAGUUAGCAGGAAGCUAGCGGAAGUUAGCUCGCUAGUUUCGCUAGUUACCUAAGCAUGAUAUAGCAUGUUCUGACUGAGAGAUUUCUGAAAAAAUUCAAACGUACAGCUCUGCUAUCACUUCCAACAUAAAUGAAGACAGGAAACUAAACAGCAGUGACGUUUGUAGGGUUACUGAAGUUGGGCUACCUGGUAUAUAAUGAUGUGCUACGUGAUCGCUAGCGACACAGCUAUGUUAGCAUAACAUAAACAGUGAAGCUGGAGGACGAACACUAACACUUUUCCACUUAUAAAAGUUAACGUUAAGGUUCCUGAUAGUUAGAGACAAAUGCAAUCGCAUGGCAGAAUGCUGUAAACGGACCAAACUUCAGUCAGGAGAACAACUGAGAUAAUCCAUCCACAAUAUGAGAACAGAGAGCAGCAAUCCAAGACACUUAUGGAUGCAUUAACUGGGAUGUGAAAUUCCUGCCCCUUGGAGAAACUACAGAGAGCCAGCAACUGAAAAAAGAAAAACUUAAGAUGAUGUUUCAGAAAACUGAUGCAAAUCCCGAAGAAGUCAAAAAUCUAAUGAAACUGACUUUCUACACACAGCGCAAACAAGUCAACCAAGGAAAAACUAUAAAAUACCUCAUGGAAGAAUGGCCAUUUUGGUUUAGAGAACUUGGCAUGGCAGUCCACUUCAAGGAACUCACUGGAAUUGGACUUAAUGAAACUUUGAUACGCAACGUGGAUCUGAAGGGGGAACGGCUCCUGAACUACAUGAAUACUGUCUGUGCGAACAAGAGCAAAAAGCUCCUACAGGCUGUAAGCAAGCUUAAAGUGGUGAGGGGGGAGCUGACUGGUUGCUCUGAAGACGUCAAAGACAUGGUGCUACUUCUGCUGUCCUACUUUGAUGAGAAAGAAGAUGCGAUGUUCUGUUAUGUGGAGGACACAUGCCUGGCAGGGGAAGUACAGAUGGACCAGCUUUACUUGACUCCCACAAUUGUGGUGUGUGGACGGUCCUGUUAUUCUUCUAAACGGUUUAUGCUGAGCGUGGACCGAAACAUUGUACACGACAACAUCACCUCCUUCAUUUCUGCCCUGUGCAUGAUGUUCGGGAGCUAUUAUUGCUUCAACAUUCAUUACCCAUCACAGCUGGCAUCAACCCUGGAGUUUCUGCAGAGAUGUUUUUUCUCCAUCAAUCCAGAGAAGGGCACUAAAGUGGAGAAGACAAACACAUCCCAUCUUCACGUGAAGCCAAGAGUCCUUACCUUGAUACAGGAACUUUCAGAUUAUGAAUGGCGUGAUGUCUGAACAUGGACUAAACACACUAAGAGUUAUGUAAGGGGCCACACUCACAGCAUGAAGGUUUAUUUCAGCCCUUUAUCAGGUCAGUUCUUCAAGCUUAAGAGGCACAGAAAAAUUUCAGACAAUGUUAUUCUGUUCUGUAUGAUUGUUGGGUAUGUAAUUCCUCAUUUGCAUUCCUGUACCUUAAUUUGAAAAAGAUAUAUUUAUAUUAGUACAAUUGUUCUAUUUUGAAAAGGCAAUACAGCAAUUCUUAUUGGCUGUUUAAAAAU